AAUCAUUUAAUUUGCUAAUUAAAAGCAGAUUAAAAUGAAAAGGUUGGUCUUGCAAAUAUUUUAAUAUUAAAUUUUUAGUGAAAAUUUUACAAAGCCUGCUCCGAAAGAGAGGCAGUACAUAAGAAGAAGAUUCAGAUUUAAGAGAGAGAGAGAGAAUCGGAGGAGAAGAGGAAGCAAUGGACGAGCAAGAGUUUCGUAGCAUCCUCCAACUCUUCCCCGUCGUACGCUCUCGCGACCACCGCGUUGAUUUGGAUUCUUCAGAUUCAAAUCAAUCAACUUCACAGUCAGUUGUUGAGCGAGAGUGUGAUGAAACUUGGAAUCACUUAAAGCAGGUAAGUGUUGGUGAGCCCAAAGACUUGAAAGAUUGCAGGACUGAUCAAGAUACAUUUACAUUCUGGGAUAAACUCAGAGCGGCUGCUGCCAAGAAGGUUGGUGAGGUUGAAGCAGAAAGGUUUUGCAAGGCUUUCGAGAAACUCCACAAGAAACUUGUGUAUGAAGAGUUGGAUCCUGAGACUGCAAAGCGAUACUUACUAAACUCUUAAAACUCCAUGUCUUCAUUAUAAUAUGCAACCAAAGGUUUGAGAUUAUGUGGAAAUACUUCGACUCUCUUUUUACUUAUUGAUUAUAGUAAUUAUGUAUGAGUGGUCAACAAUACAUUCUCUUCCCGUGUUCAUGUAAUGAUGAUUCUCAUCUUAUAUGGUAGAAAAAAUUAUGUUUGAGACAUGAUUAAUCAGGAUCUUUUAUUAAUUUAGUAUAUAUAUAUUUAACA